CGGGCCGCGCGGGGACCGCGCUCCGGACGCAGCCCGCUGGCGGCUGCCCAUGGCCGGAGCCGCGAUGGCCGAGCCGGGCCGCGGGCCGCCCGCCGCGCCGGGCACCGAGGGGCUGCCGCGCGCCUUCCUGCAGAGUCUGCGCACGCUGUUCGACAUCCUGGACGACCGGCGGCGCGGCUGCGUGCACCUGCGCGAGAUCGAGUCCCGCUGGCAGGGCGCCGACGCGCGCGAGCUGCCCCGCGGCGUGCUGGAGGGUCUGCGCCGCGCCGCGCCGGCCAGCGGCUACCUGACCUUCGAGCGCUUCGUGGCCGGCCUGCGGACCUCGCUGCCGGGCGCCGACGGCGGCCCGCGGGGAGGCGGCCCGGUGCGGCCGGGGGGUCAGCCGCCGCCGCCGCCGCGCCUGGCGUUCGCGCCGGCCGACGAGCCGCGGACGCUGCUGGAGAGGAAGCCCCUGCCCCCGGGGGCGCGGCCCCCGCCCGGCGGCGCGGCCCGGAGCCUAGAGAAGCUGUGCGGCCCCGCAGAGGCAGCGCCCGGUCCCGCGGAACCCGAGCGGCCCCAGGGCGCGGCGCUGGAGCGGAGCCCGAGCGCGGACGCGGGUGCAGUAGCCUGCAGGGCCCGGGAGCUAGGCCUGGGCGAUGCCCACCGGGCGCCCCGUGCCCGAGGGGAACGUCGGAGGCACACCAUCACCAACGGCGUGGACUGUGACCUGCUGAAGCAGAUGAAGGAGCUGGAGCAGGAGAAGGAGGUGCUGCUCCAGGGGCUGGAGAUGAUGGCUCGCGGACGCGACUGGUACCAGCAGCAGCUGCGGCGCGUGCAGGAGCGGCAGUGCCGCCUGGGCCAGAGCAGCGCCCGUGCGGACUCUGGGCCGGAGGCGAGCCCCCUCCCACUGGGCCGGCUGCUGCCCAAGGUCCAGGAGGUGGCCCGGUGCCUGGGGGAGCUGUUGUCUGCAGCCUGCGGCGGGAGGGCUCUGCCCUCAUCGUCCUCGGGGGCCCCGUGCCUGGCCCCGGCCCCCGCCUCACCGUCAGCCCCGGGCCGGCAACAGCAGACCAUCCUGAUGCUGAAAGAGCAGAACCGGCUCCUCACGCAGGAGGUGACCAGCAAGAGCGAGCGCAUCACGCAGCUGGAGCAGGAGAAAUCGGCCCUCAUCAAGCAGCUGUUUGAGGCGCGCGCCCUCAGCCCGCAGGAUGCUGGGCCCUUGGACUCCACCUUCAUCUAGCUGGCCACGGCCACGGGGCUCCUGGGACCUGGCCUGGCAGUCACCUCCUUGAGCCUCACUUGGCUGAAGGCCACCUGACUGGCCUGGACAUGGGUUUCUCCCUCUCCUCCAGCCUGGGCACCCCCAGGCCCCCCGCCCAGCAGCCAGGCUGUGGUCCAGAUACGGAUUAGGUCCCAGACUCAGGGGAGGGGCUCAGCUGGGGGGGCUCCAUCAUGCUAAUACAGCCUGAAGCUGCUCCUGCCGCCGUCAGUGGACAGUGGGGGCUCCUCCUCAGGUUUACCGGGUCUCAGGCAGCCCUGGGCUGGCGGGCUCUGUGGCAGGCCUGUCCUCUCUGACCUGGGGUCUCCGGCGAAAGAUAGUGGUCACCCCUAGGCUGCACUUCCGACCGCAGCCAGCAGAGGGCGCCUCACACACAGCAGCCAAGAGCCACAUUGGAGCCGCCGCUGGGGUGGUGGGCGGGGGUCUGAGUCAGGGUCCCUGAGGUGGACUGGAGCAGCUGGGGGCCCAACAGGUGAUUGGGCACAGGAGCCCCAGGCCUAGGGGUGUCUGCCCUUCAGCCGGGGGCACGUGGAGGAGAUGAGGGGUGGUUUCUAGCCGGGGGGUCGGCCUGUGUCUGAUCCUGGGGGAGAGCGAUCAGAGUUGAUGUCUGGGCCAAAGUUGGCCUGCCUCCCCCUCCUCACAGACCCCAGACCCUAAAACACCUUGGGUUAGCUGUCACUCCUUGCCAAGACUGAGCCCCACAGCGAAACCCGUGACCCAGGCUCUGGGUCUUGGGCCCACCGGACACCCCGGUCAGGGCAGGACUGGUCACCGGGGUCGCUCCGGUGUGACCCUGCCCUGGGGAGGGCCCUGUCCCCAGGAGGGAUGUGGCCUCCUGGACGUGCCCCAAGGCUCCUCCUAGGCCAAGCACCCCCACCAGGACCUACCCCACGUGAUUCAAGGCUGGACAGUCAGCCUCCCCCCUCUGGUUUGCAAAUGCUGUUGCAUCUGGUGGAACCCCCUUCCCCCCCCCACUUCCCCUGGCUUGCAGCCCUCCGGGAUGGAGUGAAGGACCGCCCGGAGGCCUGCGGGGGGGCAGGCUCGGCAGCAGUGACCUCUGGGGUGCCUGCCAGCCCGGAGGCUCCGCGUCCCCUGUUCUGCCUUCACACAGCUCAGGAAGCGGGAGACCUUCCACAGAAUGUGCCCCUUCAGCCACAGGGGAGUGUGGAGUCAGCAGGCAGCUCAGGGAUAGGACCCCCUUGUCCUCGGGGCUCCGUGCGGAGUGAACACACACGUGCUCUCUGCCGUGUGCCGUCAGGCUGCCUGUGGGGCGCUAGACCCCCCGGGGGAGAAGUUGAGUGGUCCUCGGCUGCUGGCAGAAGGCACACCUGUUCUGCAGCAAAGCACUGGUGACAUUUGGGGCCGAGUGAGUCGAGGGGGGAGGGGCUGUCCCUGCCCGUGUGACGCUGACCUCCUUGGGAGUGUCACACUGACAACUGUCCCGUCGGGCAGUGGUGGUGAGACACUGUCCCUGACGGAGGAUCCCCGUCCCGGACGACAUAACCUCGCCUGGCCGGAAGGGUUUCACGGAGCUCAAACUCCGAGGAAAAUGAGCCUCUCCAAGGUAGAUUUUUUGGCAAACACCGUGAGGAGAGCGUCCCCCACGGGCCCGCAGAAACUGAUUCUGUAGACCGUUCAGACAGUGGAAUUAUCAAAAUAUAAGAUGAUUUUUAUACGUCUAAAGAAAUAAAAAAGAUUCUUGAA